CACACAUAAACACUGAAAGUCUUUAGCUGCCUUGCAAAGGGGAUAUCUUGGCUUCUGGUGUGCUGCUGUACUUAGGAAGGAGCUGUCUCAGGCCAAAAGAACACUGCAAAAUCCAGCACAUUUACUGGUUACGUCAGGAGGACUAGGUUGAUUCAAAAGACGCUUAUUGGGUCAGUACUCGGCAUGAGAGGAGUUGAAGGCAUAAUUGUGUGGUGCGCGGCAUUCCAGGACAUCGACAUCCACGACUUCGAAAGCCAGUAAGGAAGCAAAAAGAAGACAACAAACAUCGGACAAGACAUCGUGUGAAAGCAGGAAUUCCCCACUUUGUGCCACAUAUUUGAAAUGAUCAAGCCUUUGCUCUUCAUCCUGGUCUACACAAGCUACACCCAUGAUCAGAUGCUUGGAAAUUGUAGCAACACUCCGGUGCGUGAAAAGCGCAGUUUGCUGGAUAUGGUGGUGACUCUUUGGUGCUACAGAGAAAGACUUAAGAUUCCCUUGUUGGCCAUCAACCAAUAUGGGUGUUACUGUGGUACUGGUGGCUCAGGGACGCCUGUCGAUGAUGCGGAUCGAUGCUGCCUGCUUCAUGACUGUUGUUACCGCUAUGCGAGGGUGAAUCUGCAAUGCCACAGCAAGAUUAAGUGGCAGUUAUAUCGCUUUUCCUGCCACCAAUCAAAAACGGAAUGCAAAUCUUCUUCGCGCUGUGGCAGGAUGGCAUGUGAGUGCGACAAACAGUUUGCAGAAUGUCUGACAAAGGCGAAGGGAGUAAAAAAAUAUUUCUUGUAUAACAAGAAAGAUCUGUGCAUGGGUCCUCAUGAAACUUGUCCACGGAUGCCCACAAAUAUGACAUCUGUGUGGCCCUGGGCGCAGAGCCCCACCAACCGGACAGAGGUCAUCGGUCUGAACGAGACAGAAAACCUUAAGAGCAGGAAGAAAAGAUGGAAGAAGAGAAGCAAGACUGUGAAAUGGAAGGAUCCAAAAGGAACACCACUCUGGAUAUAAAGUCUGGGGGGCAGAUUCAUCAAGGGGAUACGACGGCGGAUCUCCUGAUCCGCCGUCGUAUCUCUGAGAUC